AAGCAUAGGACAGUGUGCGGGUUUAUGGGAGAUUUACGGGCGCUCGCACACUCUCUGUCUCUGUCUCUGUGUUCAGUUCCAGAGGCAGAUCAUGCGUAUAACAGAGUCUCGAAUGUCGAUAAGAAAGCUGAGUGAUGGAAGCGAAUGGGGUUGGCAACAGAGAUGAGGAGAGAACGCAUUGCUGGGGAAAUUACGAGUAGGUGAGCCUAGCAGCUCCCCGCGGGACAAUCGCUGAUAAGACACGAUUUUUGCGCCUCCAUUUCCCCUCUUCUCCCCUUUGCGCAACACGCUCUUACUUCCAAACUACUCUUCUACACAACCCUCAAGCAACCUCUAUCGCACAAUGGGUGGCCAAAGCAGAGAAGGUGGCAAGGUCAAGCCUCUCAAGGCGGCCAAGAAGGCACAGAAGGAUCUUGAUGAGGAUGAUCUCGCUUUCAAGGAGAAGCAGAGAGCCGACGCCAAGGCCAAGAAGGAGCUGAUGGACAAGGCCAAGGGCAAGGGCCCCCUGAACACCGGCUCCCAGGGUAUCAAGAAGUCGGGCAAGAAAUAAACCCACCUUCGGAACAGCGAGAUCAGUCAUUAUGAUAUACCACGAGCCAUGACCCACAAGCGCAGAAUGGUGGAGUCGCUUGGCAUUGAGCGCUAUUCUAUUUGAGCACCUUUACUUGAUGCAUCCAUUUACAACGCUGAGCGCACACUUAAUCCACUGAUAGUAUUUCCUCAUAAAGACCUCGAAGCGUGGCC